CUUCACACUCACACCACAUCUCAGCCUCUGCGCUACUAUGCAUACUGUUGAGAUGCCAAGCUUCGCCGGAAGCCCUGCGGAACCAACGCUCAGACAGAUAAAUGGAAACGGCACUCUGAAGACUACUAACGGAUUCACUAAUGGCCUGAACGGCCAUAAGGCUACUAACGGACACACCAAUGGCCAUACUAAUGGAGCCCACGCCUUGGGGCAGGAUAUCAACGGGGAGGACCCGAUCUGUAUUGUGGGAAUGGACCUCUGGGACUUUCUGGUGCGCAAGAGGUCGGCCCAGGGGCCGGUGCCGCGCGAGCGAUUCAACAUCAAGGCGUUCUACCACCCGGACGGCAGCCGGUCGGGGGUCAUGGACGCGGACGGCGGGUAUUUCCUGCAGGAGGACGUGCGCCAGUUCGAGAACAGCUUCUUCGGUAUCAACAACCUGGAGGCUACCUACAUGGACCCGCAGCAGCGGAAGCUGCUGGAGGUCGUCUUCGAGUGCUUCGAGAACGCCGGGCUCUCCAUGGAGGCUGUCGCCGGCGCCGAUAUCGGCGUGUACGUCGGCAACUUCACCGUCGAUUACCAGAUGAUGCAGGCGCGGGAUAUAGACUACAUGCAUCGCCUCGGUGCUACUGGGUCCGGGACCGCGAUCAUGGCGAAUAGGAUCAGCCACGUAUUCGACCUUCACGGACCUAGUUUCGUCCUCGACACGGCGUGUUCUUCGUCGAUCUACUGUCUCCACAAUGCCGUCAGCGCCAUCAGAUCCGGCGAAUGCAGCGGGGCCAUUGUGGCCGGUGCCAACUUGAUCACGUCCCCCGAACAGCACCUAGGCACGGCGAAAAGCGGCGUUCUUUCGCCGACCUCGACCUGCCACACCUUUGAUGCCUCAGCAGAUGGCUACGGUCGGGGAGAGGCAGUAAGCGCUGUAUAUUUGAAGCCUCUGUCUGCCGCCCUGCGCGAUGGGGACAAGGUGUGGUCAGUUAUCCGCAGUACCGCCAUCAACGCCAACGGAAAAACACCUGGUAUCACACAGCCAAGCUCUAAAUUACAAGAGGAAGUUAUACGGAAGGCAUAUGCUAGAGCUGGCCUCAGUUUCGACGACACAGAUUACAUAGAAUGCCAUGGAACUGGCACAGCGGUGGGGGAUCCUAUCGAAGUAGGCGGUUUGACGAACUGCUUUGGCCCCAGAGACCUGCCCUUAAAGAUCGGCUCGGUCAAGACAAAUCUCGGACAUAGUGAGGCUGCGAGUGGCCUGACGUCCCUCAUCAAAGUUGCGCUGGCCUUCCAUAAUGCUAAAAUCCCGCCCUCAUAUGGUGUCACCAAAUUAAACCCUAAGCUGCGCCUUUGGGAGGCAAAUAUGACUGUUGCGACGGAGGUCACCGACUGGCCCAGAACCCUACGAAGAGCGAGCAUUAAUUCCUUCGGAUAUGGAGGCGCGAAUGCCCACACUAUCCUCGAAUCUGUUGAAAGUUACCUUAAAACGAGUCCACCAGAGCAAGGCCUACAGCCAGAAGAAGCAACCCAGGAUAAACUAAUAAUUCUCCCGGUGUCUGCUGCGUCGACGAAAUCCUUGGAGGUCCGGAUUAAGCAGACCACAGAUGCCAUCCAGCACAGCCAUAACCACGGCGUCAAAAGCCUGGCCUUCACUCUGGCCCAGCGCAUGCCCCGACACCGCAUCAAGGGGUUUCUUACCGCUAAGGCCAGGACAGACGGCAGCGCGGAAUUUGUCCAGUCGGAAAUAACAGAGCCGGUCGACCCAAGCUUCGCAAACCUGCCUUUUGCGUUCGUGUUUACUGGCCAAGGGGCACAGUAUGCUGGCAUGGCUCGGGAACUGCUCGAGAACAACGAGAGUUUCCUGCAGACCAUCCGCGAGCUCGACGAUGUCUUGCAAAGCUUACCGCCAAAAACGGCCCCCAAAUGGACAUUGGAGCAGACGAUUCUGGACUCGCCCGAGGUCAGCCAGAUCAAUCACGUCACCCGCAGCCAGCCUAUUUGCACCGCUGUGCAGAUCGGGCUCGUAAAUCUCCUCCAGGGCUGGGCAAUUACUCCUUCUGCAACGGUCGGGCAUUCUUCCGGUGAAAUUGCCGCAGCCUACGCUGCAGGGCUGCUGACAAGCAAAGAGGCCAUCCUCGCGGCAUACUUCAGAGGCUUUGCCGUCGGCAAGCUGCAAUCGCGAGGCACUAUGGUUGCUGCUGGGCUCGGUCCGGAACCUGCUGAGGAUCUCAUCAAGGAGAAGGGACUACAGGGACAAGUCUGCGUGGCCUGCGUAAACUCGCCGCAGAGCGUUACGCUAAGCGGCUCCGAGGAGGGAGCGGACAUCAUCAUAUCCGAGCUUCAGAAGAACCAAACCUUCGCCCGCAAGCUGGAGACGAACGGAAGAGCCUACCACUCGCAUCUAGUUAAAGAGAUCGGCCAGCUAUACGAAAAUCUCCUGACCCCGUAUCUGGAGAGGAGCAACAGAGUGUCUGAUGUCGAAAUGGUUUCGUCGGUCGGAUACGACGGACCCCGAGAUAUUCUGCUCGGCGAUAGGGCUACCACGGCUCGCUACUGGCGGGACAACCUAGAGAAAUCGGUCCAGUUCAGUUCGGCGCUCGAAAAGCUGAUAGGUGACAACAAGUACCAUCUAGUCGAGUUAGGGCCUCACUCUGCCCUUAAGAGCCCAAUACAGCAGAUCCAAACGAAGACGAAAGGGAAGCAAAACCUCCUUCCCUAUAGUUCAACGUUGGUCAGGGGCCAGGAUGCCGACGUGUGCCUGAAGAAAUUCGCAGGGAGGCUCUUCCAACAUGGCUAUUCUCUUGACUGGAAUAAUGUCAACGAGUUGAGCCGGCAGAAUCAAAUAAUGCAACAUAACAUCCCCCCUUACCCUUGGGAUUACUCCUCAGGUUUGCUGUGGGUCGAGAUGCGGCCCAGCAUUGAUCUCCGCAACCGCCGAUUUGCCCGCCAUGAGCUUCUCGGAUCGCUACAGCCGGCUGGAAAUGGGAUCGACUGGGCAUGGCGCAAUGUUCUCCAACUCGGCGAAGUCCCCUGGCUCUCUGAACACAAGGUCGAGGCCCAAGUUGUCUUCCCGGCGGUCGCCUACCUAGCGAUGGCCAUGGAGGCCGCAUCCCAGGCACACGGGCUCAAGGACCCGUACACGGGCGUAUAUCUCAAGCCAAACACGACGUUUGAGUUCCGCAACGUCAGCUUUGGGACCGCCCUGGUGGUGCAGGAUGAUGCAGGUGUUGCUGGCAAAGGGACGGAGGUACACACGUUGUUGUCGUGGAGGAAGCUCUCUACCACCACCCAAUCGGAGGACUGGUGCGACUUCGCCAUAUCAUCGUGGGAGGACGGCCGGUCUGUGUUGCACUGUUCAGGCUCAAUCCGAGUUAGCAACCCCGUCAAGCUUGAGGAGGUAACCACGGUUAGCAAUACGAACGGGUUCGAAAAGCUGGGGAUGAAGCCAUGGUAUAGCAAGCUUAUUGAAGAGGGCAUCAGUUUUGGACCCAACUUCCAAGCGCUGACCAGCCUGAGCACCGACGUUAGCCACGUCCGGACCGAUGCCAUCGCAACUACCAACCUGCGGGUCAAGGUCGGCAAAGAGACCGAUACGACGUAUCCAGUGCACCCAGUUACUAUCGAUGGAGUUAUGCAGUCGGGUGUUAUGGGAGGCACCGGAGGGAAUGUGAGAGCACUCCGCGUGCAUCUUCCGAUCUUCAUGCCCGAGUGCCGAAUCCGAUGUGUUGGAGAGUCAAUCGAGGAGGAGGCAUUUAUCCAUUCCCAAUUUACCAGGACCGGUGUUUCGACGAUCAGAAUCAACUCCACCCUCCGGGAUGCUCGGGGUACGCCCGUAGUAGACAUAAAGAACUUGCGGUUGUCGAUGUACACCGGAAAGGUAGCUCCAGAAAUCAACACCAACCCGCAACUCCAGCGUCACCCGACCCUGCGCGUCAACUGGAAACCCGAUAUCAUAAGCCUGUCUCCAGACGUACAGACGCAGCUAGACCGCUACAUCGACAACUUCAUCUUGCAACAUCAACAGCCGGAUCUGGUUGAGAGGGCCAUCGUAGUGGGAGCGCUCCUAGAUCUCCUAGGCCACAACAACCCGAGCAUGCGUAUCCUAGAGCUUGGGCCGGAAUGUCAGUGCAAGAGGAAGCUCUGGCAAGAUAUCCUAGAUAUGGGGACAGCACUUCCACGCUGCCGAUCUUGGAGUUCCGGCGAUAUCACCGGAGAUAAUGAGGUCGCAAUAGAAGGCGACGUCUCAGGGCCAUUCGACGGUCUCCUAAUUUCCAAGCAUUCCGUAUUAGAGCAAGUCUGGGAGCAGGCUCCACAACAGGCGAUCUCUCUAGUUGGCGAUAACGGCACCAUCAUAACCCGCAAAACGAAAGCGGCUAUAUCUGCGCUCACCUCGGCCAAUUUCACCGUUAUAGAGGUGAAGGGAGAAAUAAUCCUGGCCGUUCGACAAUCGGGCGCGAGACCAUUGAAGGGCAAGGAUGUUCUCAUUGUGUCGAGGAACCCUUCACCCGUUCUGUCGAGCUUUACGGACACUCUGUCAACCUUUUUGAGAGAGGUUGCUAGCGCCUCUACAGUUCAGAAUAUUUCCCUUGCCGAUAUCUCCGGAGUCGAGAUCUCAUCCAAGACUAUAUGCAUCUCCACGCUCGAGAUAGAGAGAGAGUUUCUUGCCACCAUGAGCCAGGAAGACAUGGACAGCCUAAGGAAAAUAACAGACGUUGUGACGAACCUUCUCUGGCUAACCGGUGCGAAUAUGCUGUCUGGAAACCCUGAACCUAACCUCACGCUCUCAAACGGACUCUCUCGAGCAAUAAUGCUUGAGCAGCCAUCGCUUCGCUGGUCGCUACUGGAUGUUGGAGAUGCAAAUAAGCUACCUACCCUUGUCCAAGCAAUUUCCGAGAACUUGUCAAGGACUCUCACGACUUAUGACCACAUCGACGACAAGGAGUUCAUCCUAGUGGAUGGUCUUUUAUACACAAGUCGGUUUGGGCCGGACCUUGGCAUUAACGCGCUCUUCAGGAGGCGUGUCAAGGAACAAGAGCCGAUCGAGAAGAUUCCCCUAUCCACUGUGGGAUUGGCUCGGCUCGCCAUCGGGAGACCGGGGGUUACCGACACGCUGCACCUCCAGCAGGUCCGCGAGGUGCCGACAGCCCCGCCGAGCGGGUUUAUAGAAGUCGCCACACAGGCCGUCAGCCUUAAUGCCAAAGACAUCUACGCGAUGAGCGGCCAAGUAGAGACACGAGAGGGAACAGCCGCACUGGAAUUCGCUGGCGUCGUUACUGCCGUCGGCCCAGAAGUCGGGGGACUACUGCCUGGAGACCGAGUCGUGGUCAUGGCCCCCCACCGCUUCGCCACGAUUGAGCGUGUCCCGGCCUGGGCAGCACACAAGAUGCUUCCGGAAGAAGACUUCGGUGUCUUGUGCACGCUUCCUGUAGUGUAUACAUCGGCCCUCUACGCGCUGCGCGAUCGAGCGCAUUUGCGUGCUGGCGAGUCGGUCCUGAUCCAUUCCGGCGCUGGGGCCUUCGGCAUGGCUGCUAUUAGCCUCGCUACACGCAUUGGUGCUACGGUGUACACAACGGUCGGCUCUCAGGCCAAACGAGAAUUCCUCGUGAACGAACUAGGUGUGGACGCCUCUCAUAUCUUCAGUUCUCGGGACAAGUCCUUCGCAGCGGAUCUUAAGCACGCCACACAUGGCCGAGGAGUGGACGUAGUAGUCAACUCCCUUGUCGGUGAUCUCAUGCACGCCAGCUGGGACUGCUUGGCUAGCUUCGGACGAUUUGUUGAAAUUGGCAAACGCGAGCUGGUGGACGCCGGAAAGCUAGAGAUGCACAUGUUCUUGAAGAACACCACCUUCACAGCGUUCGAUACCAUGGACAUCUUCUACCACGAGGACCAGUUCUACCGCGACGUGUGGAUCAGUGCAACCAAGGAAGUGUUGGAAAUGUACCGUUCCGGCCAGAUCAAACCAGGACCAAUUGCCAAGUUUGAUGUCGCGGACAUCUCACAGGCGUUCCAUCACUUCUCUAAGAAGGAUCGGAUUGGGAAAGUAGUCGUGUCGCUCGAAAGUCCAAAGAGUCAAGUUCCGGCCGCACCCGCAAAGUACUCGACGGUAUUCGACCCUGAAAAGGUCUAUCUCUUGAUAGGUUGCUUGGGCGGCCUUGGUCGCAGCCUCAGUCGUUGGAUGAUGUCGCGCGGUGCUCGGAAUUUCGUAUUUCUCGGAAGGACUGGCAGCGACAAGCCUAGCGCGAGAGAGCUGGUUACCCGCCUAGAGAACUCUGGAGCCCAUGUUACUGUGGUCCGGGGUGAUAUCUCGAAUGCCGACCACGUCAAAGCUUCCGUGGAGGCCUGCGAAGCGACUGGAAAGCCUAUAGGGGGCGUAGUACAAGCGGCGAUGGGUCUUCACGAAGCCCUUUUUAGCCGUAUGACAAACGAGGCGUGGCACACCGGCAUACAACCAAAAUGGAAGGGCACAUGGAAUCUCCACAACGCCCUCGAGGGCCACGACGACGCGCUGGAUUUCUUUUUGCUAACUUCUUCCGUCUCGGGCAGCGUAGCAACCGCAACAGAGAGCAACUACUGUUCUGCGAACGGUUUCCUUGAUGCCUUCGCUCGCUGGCGACGCAGCCAGGGCAAAAAGGCUGUUUCGAUAGGGCUCGGAAUGAUCUCAGAAGUCGGCUAUCUCCACGAGAACCCAGAAAUAGCAGCCUUGCUCCUUCGAAAGGGGCUCCAGCCUCUGGACGAGGAGGAAUUCUUGCAGGUGGUAGACCUUUCCCUGAGCGGACCGGGAGGCGAAUACGCGGCGCGUGAGCCGAACCCCGACCUCGCACAUGUGCUGACCGGGUUGGAGCCGCUUGGACUUCGAAAGCUGAUGGCCCAGGGUUGGGAUGUGACUAGCGGAAACAUGCAAGACUCGCGUACCUCGAUCUUAUCUGCGGCGUUGCUAGCAGAGCUAGGAGAUGAUCAGUCGGGCAGUGCUCAGAUAGGAUUAGCGGAUGCGCCGGCGUGGUUGAAGGCAGUGCCGGCAGGCAUUGUAGCCUCGUUCGCUUCCGAUGCCACAGCUGCAUCGCUGUUUGAUGCCGUCCUAAACAUCAUACGAAAACGGUUCUCGAGCUUCAUUCUCACGCCCCUCGAGCAAAUCGACAACAGCAGGCCGCUGGCACAAUUCGGCAUGGACAGCAUGAUCGGGGCGGAAUUCCGAACUUGGAUCUGGGGCACAUUCAAAGUCGACAUCCCUUUCCUCGACCUCCUCAGCAACCAAAAAUCGCUAACGAACAUAGCUGAGACUGUCGGAGCGAAAAUCGGCGAGUCGUAG